AUGAAGCUCAGUCUCUCUUUAGCUUUGCUCGCAACCGCAUGGGCCAGUUUGUGCCUGGCGUCCGAGGAGCCAUCAUUGCGUCGAAGAAUAGAGGGCACCGAUAGCGACGAGCCGCACUUCCCCUUCCAGAGCAAAAUUGUCGGAGGCAGCAUUGCUGAUGCGAAGAACUACGAAUUCUCUGUCUACAUUGGUGGCUGUGGUGGCUCAUUAAUCUACGAAGACAUCGUUUUGACAGCCGCACAUUGCCAGCCGAUCUAUCCAGAUGACCUACGAGUUGGUGGCAGCAGCAAGAACAACGGUGUGAAAACGGACGUCGUCGGCAUUGGCACUAGGCAUCCUCUGUACGACGACUAUUCCCAGGAUUAUGACAUCAUGGUGUAUAAGCUUGCUACGGCUAUCACAGACAAGAAACCAGUUGUUCUGAACAAAGAAUUCAGCAAUCCAUCGCCUGGAGACGCCCUCACCGCCAUUGGUUUUGGGGCCACCUUUGAAGGUGGAUUUGGUUCAAACAGCUUGCGAGAGGUGGUAAUAAACCAUGUAGCACACGACACUUGUAACGUUGCGUAUCGAGGCCAGGUGGUGGAGGACAUUAUGUUUUGUGCUGGUGUGAAUGGUGGCGGCAAGGACACUUGUCAGGGCGAUUCAGGAGGACCAAUUGUGGACGGGAAUGGGGUACAAGUUGGAGUCACCUCAUGGGGGAAUGGGUGUGCAAAUCCUGGAUUCCCAGGAGUCUACGCAAGAGUGUCAGCAGCGUAUGAUUGGAUCCAAGAUCAAAUAUGUGACUUGUCAGCCAAUCCUCCUGCAUCCUGUAAUGGGAAUGGCAACUCAAACGGUAACUCCAAUGGUAACUCCAAUGGCAACUCGAAUGGCAACUCGAAUGGCAAUUCCAAUGGCAACUCCAAUGGCACUACUCCAACUCCUACGCAAGCACCAACCCCAGGGACCACCGCAGGCAGCACAAAUGGCAACAGUGAUCUAAUUCAACCUAAGGGUAUCACGCUGCAGGUGGAUAUCAAUUAUGAUAAUUAUCCAACCGAGAAUGCCUGGGUACUUUACAAUGAUGACACCAAGGAGGAGUUGUUUUGGUCGAACUAUGGCGAAGUGACAACCUCUGGUCUCCAAUCGAUGCGGUUUCCUGAUUUGGUUCCGGGAAAGUAUGUCUUCUUGAUGCUGGAUGAGUUCUGGGACGGAAUCUGCUGUGAGUAUGGCAACGGAUUCAUCCGAGUAUAUGAAGUCUUCCCUCCAGAAACCGGCCGAGGCGAGGAACUGCGCUGGAGCAGCGACGGCAAGUUUGUCAAUGCAGUGGGGGCAGCCUUCUGGGUGCAAGAAGCAGACGAUAGACGAUCUCUGUCGGGAAUACUGGUUGAUGAAGACGGCAUCAAGGACUCUCCAUACUUGCCGUAG